AUGUCAUCGCAUCAUCGACUAAAACCGGUCGCGCCAUUGAAGAGCGCUUUACCGGACGUAUUUCUGCGAAAGAACAAGUUCGAAGAAAGAAUGUUAGAAAAUAAACGAAAACUUCUGGAAAAAACGGAGAAGAAAGUCAUCGACAGAUUGGCUAAAGAACAGGAAGAAUUCGCUAUACUUAAUUGUGUGUGCAUUGGAAAUGGUACGGAUACUAUCGGAAGCUCGGAAACGUUCGGAAGGACUUCGAAUACUGUCGGAAGCAGUUCGGACAAUUUCGAAAGUAGAUCAAAGGGAAUUGAAUGUACCUCGGGCAAUUUCGGCCUCACUCCCAAAGAUAUCGAGAAAAGCUCAGUCGGGGGAAAGCUGGUCGAUGAAAAUAAAUUUCGAAACUGGAGCAUUACUCAUGAUGUUAAGAGAAAUGAGCAAUCUUUAAAAUGUCGACCUAAUACUAGUAAUAGUGAAAGGUCUUGCGCAAUAAACAACAUUACUAAACUAAAACCAAAAGGCAACGUACACUUCAGGCGAUCAAAAUCGGACACAUCAUUAACCUUCAUGCGAAUGAUGUCCAAAUCAGAGUUAGAAAAAACUCCACAAGUUCAGAAAACAGAAAAAAGUUCAGACAAAACCAUUUACAAUGAACAACAAAUAGACGAAAAACGAGCUCUUAGGAAACCGCCUUUGCGUCCAACGUUAAGUUUGCCCGCACAAAACGGGCUGAGUUUAGGUGGGAUAAAAACACGGGCUAAAUCAGCGCCUGCUCAACGCACGCGCGUUUCAUUCAGCGGUCGCGAUGGCCGUUCCAUGAGCCUCACUCCCGUUAUAAGACAGUUUGGUCACGUGUCACUGAACGACGCAUGCUCAAGGCCAGAUACUGCUGUAAAAACUCUACGUGAUUUGCCAAGGACGGCUCAGGUACAGUUAAAGAACAGCGUUUAUUUUUUGUCACAACACAAAAUCCAACAGCAAAACGAAAUGGCUAAAAUACGAACGAGAAGAGCUAUGUCGGCCAAAACAGCAAAAUACUAA